CCGGCCCUAUGGAGCUUUGGGCUGUAGAAACCCGCGUCCCAAAACACCGAAAGAACCCUAAAAAUUCCAGCAGUUGACGAAAUUACCCUUGCGAGUGCGAAAUAGCGAAGAUAAAAGGAGUGAACUCAACAACUCCAGCUCGCUCUGCUUCUCUCUGUAAAUCGCAUCUGUUAUUCUUCCGCGGCAUCAAGGAAUACAAAAGGGGGAAAAAGAAGAAGAGAGCUGAUGGCAUCAAAGUUGCAUCAACUGCAAUCCAAGGCUGCUCAAGCUUCACAGUUUGUGGCCAAGCAUGGAACUGCUUACUAUAAGCAGUUGCUGGAGCAGAACAAGCAGUACAUCCAGGAACCUCCAACUGUCGAGAAAUGUAACCUGCUGUCUAAACAACUAUUUUACACUCGUCUUGCCAGCAUUCCUGGUCGAUACGAGUCAUUCUGGAAAGAACUGGAUUACGUAAAGCAUCUGUGGAAGAAUAGGCAGGAGCUGAAGGUUGAGGAUGCCGGCAUAGCAGCCCUGUUCGGGCUUGAAUGCUAUGCCUGGUUCUGUGCCGGUGAGAUUGUGGGAAGAGGGUUUACAUUCACGGGCUACUAUGUCUGAGCCCGGUUGACAGCCAUCAGGAAAGCUGCUUUUGGCUUUUGCAUUUGUUCAGUUUCUUGUUGUAGGGAGUGAUUUGAGUCACUGACCUUCCCACCCUAGCUGCAAAAUUUUUGUUCUUUUUUUUUUUGGCUAAAAAUUGAAGCCUAAUGAUACAGCAGGACAAGCUUCACAGCCUCUCAAUAAUCUGGCAGUUUGCGGAUUGCUUUGGAUUUGAUGAAAUCACACUCAUCCUGUCACUUAAAAUGAACAGCUGCUGUUUUAGUCAAAUGGUUGUUUUGAAA